GAUGGUGAGGAUGGUGGCGCGCGCAUUCUACGACGACGUCUCGCUGGCCAGAGACCCCAAGUCCGCUCGCGGCGACAACUGUGGGCUUGCCGUCGUUGUCCUCGAAGCCCUCGGCAGGUUGGCCACAACGUCCUGUUCAGUGCUCAAACAAGCAUUGGUAAUGUAGAUCCAGUUUUUGAAGAUUUUUUUCAGAGUGAAUGAUGAACGAUUUUGUUAUGAUCCCUUAGGUACUGUUUUGGUGUAACUGCUGCUCAUGGUUUGUCGUUUAUCAAAUCUAUGGCAUCUAGAAUUGAUAGCUUCAUUCCAAAUAUGCAACUUGAAAUAAUGGUUAAUCACCACUAUCACCAACUAGAUCCAGUUUGUAUACAACAUUAUGAAACAAAUAAUUUCUUAUGACUCAUUAUCCAUGUGGAACUGCUGAGAGAACAUUUUCCCUCCUAAUCCAUAUAAGUAGUGCUACAUGGUACUCGUUGAUGUCCCACAUUUUCUUUUUAUAAUGCUGCUUGCUCAGUUUUGACUACUAUGCCCUUACGUCUGUAUUCAUUUUUUUUCUCCUCCUUAAUCCUAUCUUUCGCACCCCGGAGUGUACAUCCUCUGUCAAGCCUAAUAAAAUUUUCCUAUAGUGUAUGUGUAAUGUUUUCGGGCUUGUGUGAGGAGGCGGCUUCCACUCCUCACUCUCUCUUACUAUAACUCUUCUUCCUUUAUUCAAUGCAUGAGGCAGUGCCCCUGCCCUUUCGCAAAUAAGAAAAUUUUGGUUACUAGAGAUGGAAAUCAGCAAUUGGAGAAGCUGCUUCAAUUGUCCAACUCUGAUCACAAAGAGUUUAGUCUUCUUAGUAAAUCUAUUAUCUUUCUUCUGUCUCUCUCUCUGAAACAUUUUUUCUCUCAUUUCAAUAUUUAUUAUCUUCUUUCGUGUGUAACUAAUUAUAUAUUUAUAUGUAGUGCCAAUGCACAAUUGUGAUACUUUUUUUUACCACAGGCGGCGCCAGUGGGUCCGAGAGGAAGAUUUGGCUAAAGCAUUAAAGAUUUCCUCUAAGCAACUGCGCCGCAUUCUCCAGUUUUUUGAAGAAGAGAAGCUGGUGAGAAGAUGUCAUCGGAAGGAGGUGUAUGAUGUUGUAAGAUAUAGGAUACACCGCAUGAGGAAAAAAUUGAAAGAUGGCUUAGAUGACAGAGAUACAGUUCAGCAUUAUGUGUGUCCUAAUUGUAAAAGAAGGUAUUCAGCAUUUGAUGCACUGCAACUUGUCAGCGAUAUGGAUGACUAUUUUCACUGCGAGCAUUGCAAAGGAGAACUUCGUCCAGAAAGUGAAAAGCUUACUUUGGAUGAAAUUGUGUGUGGUGGUGGCAAUGCAAUAAAGCAUACGCACGAUAAACUGAAGGAUAUGCAGCAAAGAAUGGAGGAGCAAUUGAAACCACUAAUAGCAGUACUUGACAGGGUAAAGGAUCUUCCUUUUCCAUCUUUUAUGAGUUUGCAAGAUUGGGAAAGAGCAACUAUAGGGGCAUCUGCAAAUGGUGCAGUUGGUUCAUCUCAGAAUUCAGAAGGGCGAUACAGCAGUAAACCAAUGCCCUUCCUUGGGGAAACAGAGGUUGAAGUUAAUUUCUUAGGAAGUACUGGUGCACAGGAAGGUGUUGAAUCUGGUAUGGAAAGUAUAAAGCCACAGCACUCAUGGAUGAAUCGUAAGCGCACAGUCCUCGCGGGGGAACAUAAAGAAGAAAACAACAACACUGCAAAUCUGGAUCAAAGUUCAGAAGCCAAGAGUGACAAGAAACAGCUCUCAGAGGAAGAUGAGAUGAAGAGCAUACAGGAGGCAUACGCAAAAGCUUAUUAUGAGGCUAUCCAGAAAAGGCAGGAAGAUGAGGGCAAAAGGGCGAUACAAGAAGAAAGCCUAGCAUGUAUUUCUGACCAGCCAUUUGCUUCUGAUGCACAGUUUGAGAGGCGGUUGGGUGCCAAAUCAAAACGUGAUGAUGGUGGUGAAUCUGGUGAUGAUGGCAUUGAAUUGAAAGUGAGGCAAUCAACAGGAAAUAUAGAAGAGGUAUAUAAGUUUGCUGAUCUGAAUGUGGAGACCCAAGAAGUAAGUUGUAAUGAUUAUGAAUGGGAAGAGGGCUGAAGAAUUGCUUACUUCCUUAAUGUCAGAAUGUGCUAAGUGGUCCAAGUUUGAAACACUGGGACAGUAGGACUGAUGGCUCAAGUUUGAUACAUUACCAAUGGUUGGACAUUUAAUCACAGUAUUCAUACCGUGAGUAUAUGAAACUAGUUUGACUUAAAUCAACUAAAAAUGAAUUCUGCCUUCCGCACUUUGCUUUUCAAGCUUGUGGAGAAGAACUGUAUACCUCCUGCUGAGUAGUCAAAUGCUACAAUUUCUGAGGAUCAGUAGCGAAUGAUACACUGGUCUUCGCUUGUGUAUAAGUAGCCAUUAGAAAAGGGACACCAGAAAUAUAUGAUGAUGUCAUUUACCAGUUUUAACACAAUAUAUGAUGUGAUCUGGGACAUAGCAA